AUUCACAGACGACGGACAAAAAGUGCGAAAAAAAAUCCAAAAAUCAUCGUAAAAUCGCUCAUUUUCAUCGUUGGAAACGGCAGAAAGGCGUUCCUGAGACCCGAAAUCAACACAUCCGUGCGUCAAAUUGCAAAAAAUUCCGGAUUUCAUGUGUUAAAACGGACCAAAAAGCGCCGUAAGGAUUUGCGAUAGAAUUGAUGUCGAACGACAGCCAAAAAAAGUAUCCAUCUUCAAGGAUCCCUGAAGAAUCGUCUGCUUCAUCUUCAUCUGCGACAGUGACAACAAACAAAAGUGACAAUUUACUUGGCGGCGGCGGAAAAAUCGAUACAAACGAUCAAGGAACUGAGGAAAUGAAACGCGUUGCUGCACGAAAACUCAUUGAACGGUAUUUCUUUCAACUAACCGAUGGAUGCGGCAAUCCAAAAUGCACGAACAAAUUUUGCUUCUCGUCGGGCGAAGUGAAGAAAAUGAAUCCAGAUCAGGCAGCGGCUCAAGCACUCACACUUUUCCUGCAAGAAGCGAAGUUGUGCGAUUCACAUCCGACCAAAUUGGCAAAGACAACGUACAAUUCGAUGGAUAGCGAUAGCAUUUCGUCAUCAAGCAGCAGUGAUAUUUAUAAUGGAAGCACAAAUUACACAUCACCAUACAGUGACUUUACACGUUCAACAACCAAUAAGGCUGGAAGUGUGAAUGACUCGGAUGCCAGUUGUUCAUCUGCUUCUUCCUGUAGUAAAUCUAGUCAUAAUAGUACUACUGUAGACUCAGCUCCCGCAGCGAUAUCUCUCGGACCCACCUGUUUAACGGAGCCAAUUUUGUACAGCAUUAUCGAAGUAUGCCAAAAAGAGACGUCAUACGCGUUCUUGAUCCGUACCCUUGGCGAAGUCUUUUCAUCGCGCGAACUUAUCGCACAGAGUUUCCAAAAAAGUAGCAAAUCGACGUUAGAUGCGAUGCUCGAUAAGGCGCCCGAUGAUUUAAAAAGUAUGAAAAAGGAGGAUUUGCGUGCGCUCGAAAACGAUCCCGACAAAGACGAAGAUUGUCUCGCGAGCAAAGAAGAACCGCCUCAACCUCAUUAUACAACCGUAGAUUUACCUAGUUUAAAGCGGUCUGUGAAGAAACUCUUCGAAAUUAGUCUGAUAUUCGAUCCGCUGAAUACGGCGUUGCAAAAUCUCGGCACGUCUCUGUCCUGCGAAAUUCGACUUCUCACGAAAAAGGAAAAAAUCGAGGAAAUUAUCACGGUUUUUGUCAUCGUAUUCGAGCUUAUUCACAAUGGCGCAUCCGAAUUUUUGGAAGUUGCCUUGCCCAGCAUCUGUUGCGCUUGUGCCCAUUUACCGAUUUGGGCUCAGGCACGUCUCGCCUGUAUCUGGGCCGAACAUUGCAAAGAAGAUCUCCGUCAAAUUCUGAUAAAUUUGCAACAACUCGUGACACUUCAAGUGAUACAAGUCGACUAUUUCGGCGAUUAUCACAUCCAAAGCAACGAAAUUGUCGCCAAUGCCACAAAAGUCAUGAAAAUUGUCUAUUACGCGAAUAUGUUAGCAGGCGAAAUCGAGCCUCCCAAAUAUCGGGAAGAUGAUCCCUUUGACACGCAUGCGAGAUCCAUGCACGAAGAUGACGACGACGAUCACACCCUUUCGUGGAACAAAGCUUUCAAACCAUCUUCCUCAGCGAAUAUGUCACAAGACCCAUUAGCUGCUGAAUUAGCUGUUACAAUUCUCGAUUGUCGCAAACCCUAUAUGCCGUUCGAGGAGUUUUACAAUGAAACGCUCAGUGAUAACGUCGAAAUGGCGCACGACUACUUGAAUUACACCAAAAACAACAUGAACCAAAAUAGCGAGCCAAAUUCACAUUUUAGCUUUAUGCUCGGCUAUAGCUUCAUUUUGACGACUGCUACGAAAACGCAGGGACUUUUUUACGGAAAUCGCGUGCGAAUGUUCACGGAACGUCGCUUGUCGGAAUAUCAAACGAUCGGGCAUUCGCAUAGUCCGUAUUUGAGACUGAAAGUUAGACGAGAUCAUAUCAUUGACGAUGCGCUGGUUGAGCUUGAGAUGUUUGCGAUGGCGAAUCCGAAAGACUUGAAGAAGCAAUUGAAGGUUGAGUUUGCCGGAGAACAGGGCAUUGACGAAGGCGGUGUCUCGAAGGAGUUUUUCCAAUUGAUUGUCGAGGAAAUUUUCAAUCCGGAUUACGGAAUGUUUGUACAUAAUCUUGAUUCGCAUAAUGUUUGGUUCAAUCCGACGUCGUUUGAGAAUGAAGCACAAUUUACGUUAAUUGGAAUUGUUUUGGGACUCGCCAUUUACAAUAGCAUCAUCUUGCCCGUGAAUUUCCCCAUGGUUGUUUAUCGAAAACUUAUGGGAAUGAAGGGGUCUUUUAGAGAUUUGGAAGAUUUUAGUCCCGUCUUGUACAGAAGUUUAAAGUCAUUGCUCGACUACGAAGAAAACGACAUGGAAGACACAUUUGUACAAACAUUCAAGAUUACGUAUCAAGAUGUCUUUGGCGACACAAUAACGCACGAACUGAAACCCGAUGGAGACUCAAUUUUCGUGAAUCAAGAGAACAAAUUUGAGUUUGUCGAACUGUAUGCGGACUUUAUGUUGAACAAAAGCAUCGAAAAGCAGUUUAAGGCAUUCAAAAAGGGUUUCCAAAUGGUAACGGAUGAGAGUCCUUUACAUUUACUCUUCCGCCCAGAUGAAAUUGAGUUGCUCGUGUGCGGAAGCAGAGACUUUGACUUCAAUCAAUUGGAGGAAACAACUGUUUACGUUGGAUAUUCAGAGAAUUCACAAAUUAUCAAAGAUUUUUGGGAUAUUGUACACAAGUUGCCAAUUGAUUUGAAACGAAAAUUGCUCCAAUUUACAACAGGUUCGGAUCGCGUUCCCGUCGGCGGUUUAAGCAAUGUAAAUUUAAUGAUCAACCGAAGCGGUCCCGAUUCUGAUCGACUGCCCACAAGCCAUACAUGUUACAACGUUCUUCUGCUGCCCGAAUACCCGAGCAAGGAAAAACUCGAAGAUCGUCUUCUGAAAGCCAUCAAUUACUCAACUGGCUUCGGAAUGCUUUAAAGAACGUUUUUGAAACAAAAGCAAAACUUUGUUAAAAAUUUACACUUUAAUAUUAAGACAAUGUACAUUUAAAAAUCGGUGUAUUUUUUCAAUAAUUUUUUUUUUCUUUAAAUUAAUUACUUUAACAACUAUUUUUGUAUAAAAUACAAUUUUUAAUUAAUUAAAUUAAGAGGACUUGUGUCGAAACAUGACAGACAAACAAAAAAAAAACACAAGAGAUAGCCAUAUUAAAUUUUUUAUAACAAAAGUGAAAAAUCCUAAGUGACUUAGUUUCGAAACCCUUUCUACACUCAUACACAAAACAAAACAAAAAAAUGUUUCAAAUUCCAUUUUUGACAAAUUUUUUUAUUAAAUUUCUUUACAAACACAGUACUCCAAUCUACUUAUAUAACGAAAAAGGAUCAAUAUAUAGCACGAUUUCUUAAAAAGAAACGCAAAAUGUAAAUGUAAAAGGACUCAAUCAAACAAUUCGACUUUUAAAAAGGAAGAAACUAAUGAUAAUAGCAAAUUGAAUAAAAAAAAGUGUA